AUGUCUAUUGUUUCAACUUUAAGUUCGAAUUCGCGCCUCCUCUUCCUCCUCGCCGGCGUCGCCAUCGCCGCCCUCGCCUUCUCCACCCUCCCCCAACGGACGCCGCACCCACGGAUCGCCGACCCAGUCGUCCUGCCCGAGUUGACCCGGUCCCAGCCGCACCGGUCAAUGUACCAGAACGGCCGCCUCCUCUCGACCGGGUUCGGUACCGGCUCGGUCGGGAAGAUCCCCCUUGGGCUGAGGCGCGGCGGCCUCCGGAUCGUCGUCACCGGCGGUGCCGGAUUCGUCGGCAGCCACCUGGUUGACCGGCUGAUAGCCCGCGGCGACAGCGUCAUCGUCGUCGACAAUUUCUUCACGGGGAGAAAGGAGAACGUGGCCCACCACUUCGGAAAUCCGAGGUUCGAGCUGAUCCGACACGACGUCGUCGAGCCGUUACUGCUCGAGGUCGACCAGAUCUACCACCUCGCCUGCCCGGCCUCGCCCGUUCAUUACAAGCAUAACCCCACAAAUGUGGUGGGGACAUUGAAUAUGCUUGGGCUGGCCAAGCGGGUUGGUGCGCGGUUUCUGCUAACGAGCACCAGUGAGGUGUACGGAGAUCCAUUGCAGCACCCGCAGGUGGAGACGUAUUGGGGCAACGUUAAUCCCAUCGGUGUCCGAAGCUGCUACGAUGAGGGGAAGAGGACUGCUGAGACUUUGACCAUGGACUAUCACAGAGGUGCUAACGUUGAGGUUAGGAUUGCUCGGAUCUUUAACACAUACGGUCCGCGUAUGUGCAUUGACGAUGGUCGUGUUGUUAGCAACUUUGUUGCUCAGGCUUUGAGGAAGGAACCUUUAACUGUCUAUGGUGAUGGGAAGCAAACGAGAAGUUUUCAGUAUGUUUCUGACUUGGUUGAAGGACUCAUGCGGUUGAUGGAAGGAGAGCACAUUGGACCAUUCAAUCUCGGAAAUCCAGGCGAAUUUACUAUGCUUGAACUUGCGCAGGUGGUUCAAGAAACCAUUGAUCCAAAUGCAAGAAUUGAGUUUCGGCCCAACACAGAGGACGAUCCGCACAAGAGGAAGCCCGACAUCUCCAAGGCCAAAGACCUAUUGGGUUGGGAGCCCAAAGUGCCACUACGCAAAGGCCUACCCAUGAUGGUAUCGGACUUUAGCAAACGUAUCUUUGGUGACCAUGUUUCCGACUCUGCCCAAAAAACCAUUGGUGAUCACCAUAAAGAAGAUUUUUCAUUGUCCGCCUGA